CAUGCAUCGAACGAACACCGCACCGUCUCUGCUUUACAUUUCUUAAUUUUUAGAGUGCUGGAGGAUUCAAUUCACAUUGAAGUUCGACGUUGCAAUUUCUAUUGCAGCAUUAUCGAAGAAAAUUUUGACGCAUUUGUCUUCUAGGAAUUAUGGCAAUCUAGAAUAGCUUACAUGAGCAGUAUCUGCGUAUUAACAAAGCUAUAUUGACUAGAGUCUUUAUAAGAUCUUUUAAUCCCCUACUAGUUUUUAUAUAGUUGCACGGACGUUUACGUUUUGAAGAUUCGAUUUCCUAUCUUUGGGAGCAGUAUUCAUCAUGGAUAUGAUUCAUCCUUCGCAUAUGUUUUCCUGGGCGUUUUCUAUCGGAACAUAUGAAGACAUGCCCCUUUUGUUACUAGGUUCUCCAUCUUCGCUUUUACUAGCAUAUUUCAGUGCACGGCACGGUCUGCACCAGAUAGAAUUUCAAUCCCUUCCUGUUAGAGUCCGGGAUAUGACCUGGAUUUCCUCAAAGCAUGUAGCGACUCCAAAAGAAUCUCUCCUUGGAUACUUGGUUACUACUACUGAUGUGGGUGUCUGCUGCACCUUUCAAAUUGAAUGUCGAAACAGUGAUCGAUUUUCCAUUCAAGAUUGCAAUGAAUUUUGCAUCGACUCGACGCAGUCUUGCGAAGAACAGCUUGGUAAAACCAUUGACGUUUGCCCAAAUGCACCGUUUUUGGCAACAAAUUCUUUCUCCGGAGAAUUACUUUUCUUUUCCCAAUCAUUUUCGAAAGACAAGACGCCCACGUUUAUUAAACAAAGUAUAGGUGGUAUCAUUCUACAAAGUUCAUUUCUGUUCCCUAAACGCUCCUCCCUUUCUUGUGUGACAUAUGCAUGCUUAUUUCUCGAAUCCAGUGGAACACCUCGCAUCCUUAUUUAUCGAUGGAUUCAUGGUAUUUCGUCUUCAAAUGGCAAAUCCUACACUUCACAUUCGAUUCCAGUUCCACUCGAGUUUGCUGUUGCAUCACAUAUGCUUGCUUGCCCUGAUCUACCAGAUCAUUUCCUACUUCUUUUGGAAAAUAAGCUCUGUUUACUAUCUGCAUCACAGAUUGAGUGUGGUGAUUUGAAAUUUUUGCAAGAGAAUCUUCCUAUAUAUCAAUCACCGUCUUUUCCACUUUCAUUAGUUAUCGACCCGACUGUACCUAAUACGUGUUUUUUGGUUUAUGAAAAUGGUGCUCUCGUCCACGUUCGGUUUUCGGUUAUUUCAAUGGACUUUUUCUAUAUCGGUCGUUUGAACAACCCUUUGGGUAACUAUCUUCUUCCCUUUUAUCCUUAUUUAUUAUGCUGUGGUGAUGGUUAUGACACCAGUGUGUAUGAUAUUUCUUCUUCAAAUGUAACCCUCGUCUCAACAACACCUAGUUGGUCUCCGAUGUGGGACUUUGUUUACACAAAUGACAAUCAAAAUCUUCUUUUAGAUGACGAGAUUUUAGAUAGCACGUGCUACGCGAUUUCUGGAAUUGCGGAGUCUGGUGCUCUUGUCAAACUGCGUCAUGGCUGUUCAAUUUCAAUUCUAUUGGAAGCCUUAAUGACAGAAGGAGCUCUAUUAAAAGGUGUUUUAGAGUCUUUAGAUGAUUCAUUAUUUUAUGUUUGGCUAAAUUACCCUUGGCAAACUCUAGUACUAAAGCUUCAGAUGGAUGGCACUGUGGAAGACAUUUCGGAGAGUCUCGCUUUGGAAGAAUUGUUAUCUCUUGAUAUUGCUCUUAUUAAUGAGACUUUUAUGAUCAUCACGAAUCAAUUGGUUUACACGGUAACUUCAGACUUUUCGCGAAACAUCCUCAUGCAAUGUCCAGAAAUCGAAGAUUUCAUUCUGUCAAUGCAUACAAAAGACAUGCUGUAUGUCGUCAGCAAAAACAAGGAAACUUCAGAAUCCCUCUUAUAUGCCUUUUACAUUAAGUUUGAUGAAGCCAGAAAUUUAAUUUUACAAGGAUUAAGUGAUCCUAUAAAAAUUUCUUCAGUUCCUCACUGUAUAACAUCAUUCACACUAAGUGGAUUCUCUGUACUUGCUUUAGGAUACACUUCAUUUGAUUUUUUAACUUACAUUGUCUUUCUAGACGAAUCUCAGUUCUCUAUUUACAAUGCUCCGCUCAGUGUAAAUUCUCUGAAAGUGUUUCCGCAUGCGAUCUCCUUUGUAAAAAAGAGUGAAGAAAAAGUUCAUAUAUUGCUCUCAAGCUAUGAAAGCCUAGUAUCCAUUCCCGUCGUUCUUAAUGCUGAGCGUAGACUUGAAUUUGGGUUCUCUUUUAUAAAAAAAUUGGGAACAUUACCGUUAUCUUUUCAAAAUCCUCCAAACAACUCGGAAUUUCUGUAUGGUUGGGAUGAUAAAGUAUAUUCAAUAAGUGUCGAUGAUUAUUCUAAUGAACUAAUUGUGAAUGCUCUUAAUGACGUCGAAAACAUUUUUCAUUCAAUUUCUGGAAUUUAUGAUCUGCCAGAAAAAUUACAGAGGAAAAAUACUAAGAUGGUUGUCUAUUUCUCUAAAAGUACCCUUUAUCUAUCGGAACUGAUUCUUCCUCAGAGAACAUUUGCUACAAAAUACAAAAUUGGUGCUACUCCUAGAAGAGUGUUGCACGAUAAGUUUACUGACCUACUUAUAAUUGGUUGCACUCAAGUAUAUAUAGAUGAUAUAAAAACGUCAGAUUUGUUAUUUUUUGAUUUGAAAAGUUCAAAAUUGUUACAAAGGUCAUGGCCUUCUGUCGAUAUUAAAGGAAAACGGGUUUUUAAAAAUCAUGAAACGCUUUAUGCAAUGUGCUUUUGGAUUAUAAAGGAUCCCAAAAGACGAAAAUUUAGAUAUUUAUGUUUAGGAACUGGAAUUACUACUUCUGUAUUAAACUCGGGGAGAUUACUGAUUUUAACCAUGACUAAUAAUGACACUAAUUCGGUCGAACUUCGAAAUGUAAUUACGUUAAAUAUGUCGCAGCCGGUGUAUUCUAUAUGUUCCCUCGAAGAACGUGGUUUGUGUUAUUCAUCAGGUCGUCGUCUUGGAAUUAAAAUUUUAGACCUUGAAUCCAAAAAGUUCUCUAAUGGUGAUUGUGAAGUUACUACACGAUCUCCUAUUGUUUCUAUGCAUACACAUAAAAACUACAUAUUUGCAUCUAGUUUACGAGAUUCUGUUUCUGUAUUUGAGUUUACAAAAGAGACAAAUACCUUACAUUUGGUCUGCAAUGAUAUAUCUCCCAGUUUGGGUAUUGAUUGUUAUUACCUUCCACAAGAAAAACUGCUUUAUGGGUGCGACAAAGAGAAGCACAUAUCAUGUUUUAAGUUUGAAGCUGGGCUUCGAACAUCACUUCAUUUGCAAAAGCUAGAACCCAUUCUUUCCCAGAAGUCAAAACGGAAGGUACCGCUCAUCACAAACAGACUCAAGUAUGGCAUACUCCGAAAAAACGAUAACCAAGAUCAAUGGGGUAUAGUCGUUGGAACUAUUGGAGGUGAUAUAUAUAAAAUCUAUAAAUGAAUAAUUUAAUGAAAGUUUGUUAUAAUACAUGCGCUCCUAAAUCUCUCUGGG